GCUCAUCUUGAGCCGAGCUUGUACUCAGCUUAACAAGCUAUGUUAAUGAGCAUUUAUCGAGCUCUACCGAGUCGAGCUCGAGCUAGAUUAUUUUUAUUCAAGCCGAGCUCGAGCUCGAGCUGGAUUAUCAAAAUUCGAGCUCGAGCCGAGCUCGAGCUGAAAAUUAAUAAACGAGCCGAGCUCAAGCUAAGCAAAAACUCGACUCGACUCGGCUCGUUUGCAGCCCUAAAUUGGUUUGAAUGCUUUGACAACCAAACCCAAGUCUUUGGUGGAAUUGAAGAAAGGACAAAAGAAAAGAGAGAGAGGAAGAGAAUAAAAUAGAAUACACAGUUACACACCACACAGGGGGAAAGCAAACAGGGAAACAGCAUAUGCGAAUGCCAGGGAGGGCCCAACAUAAUUCUACGGGGUGGCCCAAUUGGUUUUUGGAAGCGUUUGCUAGGUUUGGGCCCAGUUCCACAAGAAGACAAAACGCUUCAUUCAUGAGAUACCGAACCAUUGAAUCUUCGUUGGGGAUUUAUUAGUCAAUAAAUUAUCAUCUCGACUCACUUCAAUCAACAAUGAGCAAAUUUUUUCAACUCAGCUCAACCGAUUGUUGGACCGACGACAGUGGUCGCUGGGUGGUGGUGAUCUGAUCGGCGGUGAAAAUUCCCAUCGCAAGUGCGAGAUGGUGUUCUUCGGCGGGCACCGCCGGUUGACCGACCGACGCCAGUGGUCGAUGGGUGGUGGUGAUCGGCGGGGAUUAUUUGGAGAAAAAGGAAGAUUAUAGUUAUUAAAGAUUCUUUAUUUUAUUAAAUUUGAUUUGAAUGAUGAAGAAUAAUUUAGUAAUCUCACGAUUUAAGUAAGGGCGACAAUAAUAAAACUAGAGCGAGAUUUAACCAUUCAGUAAAUUGGGUCCUAUUUCAAAGUUCAAUAACCACGAAUAUCAACUCCAUCGUUAGCUAGUGGUUACCCCUCUACAGAUAAGGACGUGAUUUCUCGUUAAUACGUACGUGCGAUUGUCCCAUGCAUGAGCGUGCGCAAAGGGAGAUCCAAUCCAAUGUCUUUUAUUCAUUUUAACUUGGUUUAGUUAAGCUAAAAAGCAAGCCCAAAAUUUUUGUGGACUUAGAAGUGUUAGGCCCCUAAUCUCACAUCGAAGCCCAACAGUUUUAUUUGAUGUCGGAAGCCCAAAAACCCCUUCUUCGGGACCUUCCCCGUCAUUUCUUUUUCCCCCCACCGUCUUUCCUGUUUUAGCAUACUGUUCUUUUUUCCGACAGAAAGGGGACAAACAAUGGCAACCGUCGUCCAACGAUUUUCAGCUCUCCAUUCUCGUCGUAGGCUGUUAGAUUUUGUCGUCCACCCUCGGUCUUUUUUACGUACCUUACUCCCAGAUCUCGAAUCCAAGAGUUCCACCUCAAUCUCCCCCCGCUCCCCUCCUUCUAAACCACGGGUAACAUCUUCUCUCUUCUUGCUUGCUUCCUUCCUUCGUCAUUUCUGCAGUAAUUUAGAUCCUGGGUUUCUUCAUUGUUAUGCGGAAAGCUCCAAUUUCAUCGGUUAUUGUUUGUUUCAAUGCAGCUUUAUCAUCUUGCCUUCUUAAUUUGUGUGUUGGGGGAUUCUUACAGGGAGGAAGAGGAGAUAAUGGGCCCGCAAAUUUGAUUCAGGAAAAACCAUUCCCCAUUCAUUUUGGCAUUUCCUCUCUCGAUGCUGGAUUUCGGGUUUAUGUAAAGAUCGCGUCUUUGUUGGGUCUCGCCGAGUGUAUUGAAUUUGUUGCUUGAAGCUUUUUCCCUCAAUUGGAUUGCAUACAUCAAAAUGAAGCAAUUGUGGUACUACAUCGGGUUAUUAGAAUGAACAAGGCAGAUUCGGAUAAUAAAGGCAUGCCAAGGAGCAACAGCAUGCUUGAUUUGGAAAGUGGCGGAGGGAUUCUUACCGAUGAUGAUGAAUUCAGAGGUUAUGGAGGCAACAAGAGGCAUUCCAAGAGGAAGCUGGAUAGGUUGAGGAGUGGUUCGUUGGGGAACCGGUUAGGGCUUAAUUCGAUCGAGAGUGAUGGUGGGGAUGAGAACAAUGACAAGGAGAAGAGUAGUAGUAGCAGCAGGCUUGGUAUGGGGAAGGGAUCCAAGAAGCCUCCUAAACCACCUAGGCCACCAAGGGGACCAGCAUUGGAUGCUGAGGGUAUGAAGUACGUUAGGGAGAUCUCUGUGUCGUCGAAGGUCAAGCAUGCGAGGAUUGAGCAUAUGAGGUCGCUCAGGAGCAAGAGGGUGGAUGAUAAAAAGCCUCGGUCCUCGUCGUCUUCUUCAUUGGGUGCGAACAUUCUUGCUAUGACGGUCACCGUUGGCUUCUUCGUCAUAGUUAUCUUCCAAGGCCUACGCUCCAGAUAAGAACUUCAUUUCCAGGCCUGUCCAAGCACAAUUAUUUUUUUUUACCGAAACUGGCUCAUCGGAUUUCACAAGGAUACAUGUGGCUCGAUCUUCCUCAGCAGCCUUACCUGCAGUAUGGAGUGAACUUUCAGAGUUACAAUUGGAGCUUAUUGGAGUGGAAAAAGGCCCAGUCUUGGACGGCUUGUCUCGCAAGCAAGCGACAACUUAGAGAGAAACACUUAGACUGCCUCCCAAGCAAACUAAUGUUCCCGUUGUACAUGUCAUUGUACCGACUGAUUGGUGAUUGCUUUUAACAGUUGAACCCGACAUCAAACAAAUUAAUACUCAGAGCAUGACUUUUGUGAUCCCAUCUCGAAACAUCACUCGAAUGAAAUAGUGUGAUAAUUGCAAGUUCAAUUGAUAACGGUACAUCCAUAUAACAAGCUAUAAAACAGAAGAAAUGCAGGUGCUUAAGAAAGAUCAUAUAAACUAUGGAAUGUUUUUGUCAAGUGAUCUUUCUCUCAUGUGUAAUAACAAUGUUUUGCCACACUUCAGUUCUGCAUCCUUCACUACAUUGCCAAGUAAUACAAACCAUGAGGUAGGACAAUAACUGAGAAAUCUGACAGCUCAUACAGAUCAAUAUACUAAGAUCUCUCUUCGGUCAGCCAACAACGAACAAGCAAACGUUGCUACUGCUCGAGAUAUCGUGCUUCAGAGGUUCAUUUCGCUUUCAUAGGUUCUGCUCUGGGUCGCCAGAGUCCGAGCCUAUACUUUUGGGCGAAGUUCAAUAUCAGCUUCCUCUGCAGAAGAAACAUUGUAACCAAUCAAUAGUUCAUCUGCGUAUAGAAACACCCAAUCACCCAAACACCAUAACCAAUCAAUAGAUCAUCUGGAAACAGAGACGCCCAAAUGCUCUAGACAGGAACCUAAAGUUCGAGAACUUUCCUAAUCGAAACAGGAAAUCUAAGGCAAAGUCCUUGAAUUCAAGUUCACCCAACACUUACCAAAACGUAAGACCAGCUCGCUCAAACAGUAUUAAUCUCAUUUUUGAAUUCGUAUGCAAAAUUGAUUAAAAGGAAAGCAAGUGUGAGAUUUCAAGACAGUGAGUGUACACUAUUGCUUACAUGUUGACAAGGGAUUCCAAGCUUCUUAAGCUUCAAUGUCCUAGUAACGAGGAGUUUCUGAAAGUCUCCGAUCUCAUUUUCAAGCUUGGCCGCAUGGUUCUCAACACCUUUCCCUAUUCCAUUCAAGAACUCCGGAAUCCCCACUUUCACUGCAACAGAAAUUAAUAACAACGAACCAUCACUUUUCGUUCUGUGAAACGUAAAGCUCCGGAGCUAGCAAAGUUCUCAGCUUUAUCGCGAAGCAAGCCAUUCUAACACAAACCAAUUCAAACCCACUAUAAGUUUUUCCACACCAAUUACCAAUGGUCGAGAAAACACCCAUCAAUUACAAAAAAAAAUCAGAAAUGAUCUAUGCUGUUCAUCCCAGAAGAAACCAAAACAGAAAGCGAUAUAAAAUUCAGGUGGGAGAUUCGAUUUGGAAUGGGGGAAACGGAGGAAGAAUCAGAAGAACGAGUAUGAAUUGAGGUUACCGAGAUAAGGGGAGGACUGAGAGUAGAAUCUGGAGAACCCAGGUGCCGGAUUCGCUUGCAGAGUUCUUGUCUGCAAUAUUGCUCGCAACAGAGCCAUUUUCCGAACUCUCUCCCGCAAUUCCUCUUGGAUGAACAAGACGACAGCAAUGGCUGAAUCCAGGAGAACUGGGGGUUAUGGGUUUGGGAGGGGUUUUUGAGUACUGAAUGGCUAAUGAGCUAAUGAUCAACACGGGCUCGUCUAUAAUUGAGCUUCAGCUUCUAAUUAUUUAUCUGGUCUGGGCUCAGAUUAUGGUACUCGGGCGUUGGGCCUAAUUAUAUUUUGUGUAAACCCACCUCUUGAUUAAAUACCGGUUACCAAAAUAAUCAUCUAUGAAAUUUGUGAUUUUAAAUUAUUAACAAAAUCGUUGUUUAUAA